GAGCGAGUCGAGCAUCGGGCGACGGCUGUUGCAUUUCACUAGCAAUACAACAGCUGGAGGCCUAUCAUUACCACAACUGGAGGCCUGUCUGUGUUAUUUCCGGAGCAUCGUACGAGACGGGCCAGAAGAUUAUGAGCUUCUUUCGCUGAAAAAUCAGUUUAUUAUGAAGUUGGGCUGUGACAAUUUUAAAGGCCAGGCAUGUUCGACAGAUAGACUGUCUCUCAUCUCGCCGGAAGAAAGCCGACAGCAGCCGAACGCUCACGAGUUUACGGAUUUGUCAGACAGAAGUCCCAAGACGCAACAUGUUUGAAACUGGCAGAAUCCCACUCGUCCUUCUCGACGUUACCUGUCUUUUCCUCGUUGGACUUCCCUUUGCGAUCCUCACCCCUCAGCACAAUCCCUUCAAAAGGGGUUUCUUCUGUAAUGAUGAGUCCAUCAGAUACCCCCUGAAAGAGGACACCAUAUCCUAUCAGUUACUGGGGGGAGUCAUGAUCCCUUUCACACUGAUUGUGGUAGUCAGUGGUGAGUGCCUUGGCGUCUAUAUGACUCGUGUCAAAACCAAAUCGUCCUUGGGGACUAACUACGUGGCGCGCAUUUAUAAAGCAGUGGCCAGCUUCCUAUUCGGGGCUGCUGCUAGCCAAUCACUGACGGAUAUUGCCAAGUACUCAAUCGGUCGACUGCGGCCGCACUUCCUGGCUGUGUGUAAGCCUGUGUGGGACCGUAUCAACUGCAGGGCCGGAGGCUACAUCGAGAACUUCACCUGUACCGGGGACAAGGAUAUGGUAGAUGAGGCCAGACUUUCCUUCUUUUCUGGUCACUCAUCUUUUUCUAUGUACUGUAUGCUGUUCCUUGCACUGUACGUCCAGGCCAGACUGCAGACAGAGUGGGCCAGGCUCCUCAGACCCACCAUACAGUUCUUCCUGAUUGCAAUGUCCAUCUACGUGGGACUGUCGCGCAUCUCUGACUACAAACACCACUGGAGUGACGUACUUACUGGCCUCCUGCAGGGGGCGAUAGUCGCAAUACUCACGGUGUUCUAUGCGUCCGACUUCUUCAAGAGGCCUGUUGAUCCAGUAGAGAUAGAAGAGGAGACGUCCGAAACCAGUCUCCAGGACAACCCAGAUAAUGAGAACCACUAUGGAAGCACAGACUGAAGCUUUGCCCACAACAUGGACUUACUGUAGCAGACAACGCAUGGAGGACUAGUAGCAUGCUAAGCUAGCUACCACUACCUGCCAUCCGCUAUGGAGGACUAUGGUUAUUUAUUUCAAUGCAUUGCAGUUCAUUGGCAUUGGCUGUCGUGGUGGUCACUUUGCCRGAGCCCUGAAGACAGCUCCUAGCCCUCUCAGAGCCAAUGAUCUUGCCUAGGCUGUCUCCUUUGGCUGGGUGUGUUGAGCUAAUGAUCCGUGGAUUGGGUUUCUGGUCUUUGCAUUUACGCUGUGAGGUCUGAGUUUGUUGGAGCUGUUGUGUUUGCAUUGGUUUGAAGCUUUUGUUUGAAAUGAAUGAAGUCCCAGUUGUUACAGUGAGCAGAGUGUCCAUGUGUGCAGCAGUGGAGGCUGCUGAGGGGAGAAAGGCUCAUAAUAAUGGCUGGAAUGGUUUUCAUGUGUUUGAUACCCUUCA